CUUUCGAAAUACUGCUUACACACAACCCCUCUCUACUCGCGUUUCUCCCUCGAAUGGAUCGAUUUCUUGCCCCCGAGCACUCUCGGAACUGUAGAUUUUGCCCAGGAAGCGCCGAGUUUGGUGUCAUGAUUGGAAGCACCAGUAGAUCCUUCUCCCGCUACCUUUCUGCUCUGCUUUCUUGCUGGGUUUGAAGUAAUCAGAAAUCUAUGGUCUGUUCGUGGGAUUUGAAGCACAUAUAUCGUCUUAUUUUGGAGAAGUUAUUCUGAUCUUUUUACUGGGGAAAAGGAGGGAUUUUCGAAGCAGUGGAUAUGGCCGAUCAGGGUUCGCAGGGGAAGCAGCUACUUUCCAGGCAUCCAUCUGGAGUUGUUUUCACUAUCCAGAAUGUUGUUUCAACAGUAAACAUGGAUUGUAAGUUGGAUCUUAAGACCAUAGCUCUACUAGCCCGUAAUUCAGAGUACAAUCCCAAGCGUUUUGCUGCAAUCAUAAUGAGAAUACGAGAACCAAAAACCACAGCAUUGAUGUUCGCAUCUGGACAAAUGGUUUGUACUGGAGCAAAGAGCGAGCAGCAAUCGAAGCUCGCAGCACGGAAGUUUGCUCGUAUUGUCCAGAAGCUUGGCUUCCCAGCCAAAUUCAAGGAUUUUAAAAUCCAGAAUAUGCUUAGUUCAUGUGACAUCAAGUUUCCCAUAAGGCUUGAGGGCCUUUCCUAUUCUCAUGAUGCCUUCUGUAGUUAUGAACCAGAGAUCUUUCCUGGUCUGAUAUAUCGGAUGAGACAAUCAAGGAUGGUACUUCUCAUUUUUGCUUCUGGCAAGAUUAUUCUCACUGGGGCUAAGUCGGAAGAUGACACACAUGCUGCGUUUGAGAAUAUCUAUCCAGUCCUUACAGAAUUCAGGAAAAUCCAGCAAUGAUGUUAUCAGGAAUUUGGAGCAAACUGGGAUGGUUUUCUUGAUAGUUGCUAUAUAUCAUCAAACUUAUAUAGAUAAAUUACAUCCUUUGAAACCAAUAAAUGAUGAAUACAUGAAGAGAAAACCCUGUGUGAGGCUCCUGCCUUUAUUAUUUUGCUGAACAAUUUGUUGAACAGUGAGGGCACACAACUUUAUUAUGGAAAUUGUGAUCAAUCAAGGA